AUGGAGGAUUGGGGGAAUUCUCUCCACCGAAUCCUUGAGGAGGAUUCUGAGGAUACCACUUCGAUUAAGAUGUUCCUCUUGAAUUUAGUUGAAGAAAAGGAUAAAAAGGUAAAGGAGUUGCAAGAUAACAUUGCUGCUGUAAACUUUACUCCCCAAAGCAAGAUGGGGGAGAUGUUGAUGGCUAAGUGUACAACCCUAGUUGAGGAAAAUGAGGAGAUUGGGAAUCAAGCUUCUGAGGGCAAGAUGCAUGAAUUAGAAAUGAAAAUUUCAAUGCAAAAAUAUCAAAAUGCAGAACUUAGAAGUCAAUUUGAAGGGUUGAAAAACCAUAUGGAUGGAUUGACAAAUGAUGUGGAUAAAUCCAAUGAAAUGGUAAAGAAGAGAGUAGUUGAUCCUAAAACUAGCCAAUCAACUAGGAAGAUUAAGCACCCUAAUUCUUUACUUGGAGUUGUACAUGUUUUAGUGAGCAAGUCUAAAGUGAAUGUCAUUGAUGUUGUUGGGCGUUUCCCAGAUGAUGACACCAAUGACAUAGAUGACUAUCGGCAGGGAAUGAUAUGA